AUGCACGCAAAUGUGCAUACAGAUCGGGCCGGGGGCGGCGGAGGAUCGUGGCGCCUGCCGCCAGAUGAAACACUGCAGGUGGCCGAUCCGAAACAGAAGGAAGAACAGGAUUUAUUUCCUGCCGAAGGACACAACUGGAGAAGCAUUGUGUUUUCGCUGCUAGUGAUAGGAUUUGUCAUAACCGGUAUAAUAACGGCGAUAUAUCUGCUUGGCUAUGUGGAUGAACUACUGUACUGGUCGGGCAGGCGGAUGAAGUUGGACGAGUUUCUGCAGAAAGACAUAACGCCUCAGAGGCUACCGUCGGUGUGGAUCAACAAUCAGAAAUUUGUAUUCCAGGCGGAUGAUGGGGGCCUUGCUGUUUUCGACACUGCCACCAACAGUGUAGCCACGCUAGUAACAAAUCAUACCUUGAGACAAAUUAACGUUAAAGGCUACCACUGUUCUCAUGAUUUGAAGUAUGUUCUGUUUAAGCACAAUGUAAAGAAGCAUCAUAGGUUAUCUUUCACGGCUUUGUAUACUGUGUAUGACGUAUCCAAUGACCAUCAUAUGCCGGUACGAUUGAAGGAAUCCCCCAAGGUUCAACGUGCCCGCCUUCAGCAUGCGUCCUGGGCCGGCAAUACAACCGCAAUGAUAAUAGUGGCCGAGAACGAUAUAUACUUGAGACAAUCACCAUCAGACGAGGAGGUUUAUCGCUUAACUUUCACCGGAGAGGAGAACAGAGUCUAUAAUGGUGUACCUGACUGGUUAUAUCAAGAGGAGAUUUUUGAGUCUUUUAGUGCUUUAUGGACCUCAGUAGAUGGCACGCACCUCAUGUACGCCACGUUUAACGACUCGCGAGUUGGCAUGAUGACUUUCCCUUGGUUCACGUCGAACACCGUCAUUGCGGCAAGCGGCGAAGGCAACCGUGAGCUUUUCCCCGUGUCGAAAACUAUACGCUACCCAACGCCGGGCUCGGUCAACCCAGACGUAUCGCUGUGGGUGAUGGAUAUAAGUAAUGUAAGCAAUAUACGAAAAUGGGAAGUAAUCCGUCCAGCCGCACUCGAAGGACAAGAACACUAUCUUAUAUCAGCUAGCUGGGUAGGCAACGUGAACGAACACGUGUCGGUGGUGUGGAUGACACGCUCGCAAAACAUUACGGUGGUAUCAUCCUGCUACAGCCCCACGUGGAAAUGUGUCGAGCAUCAUUCGGAGCGGGCACCGGAAAACGAAUGGCUGGAUAUAUUACCUCAUCCGAUAUUCUCACCCGAUGGGGACAGCUUUUUGUUUAUGGCGGGCAUCCAGGAGACCGGCACGGAACAUUUCACCCACAUCAAGCACAUCACAAUCACACAGCAGCGCAUGGCUGUGAUUUCCCACGGUCGCUACGAGGUGAUCCGCAUUCUUGCCUGGGACACGGUGAACCAUCUGGUCUACUAUCUGGGCACGCACGAGAAGAAACCCGGCCAGCAGCAUCUGUACGUGGUGAAGGAUCCGGUCAGUGAGGAGUUGCGAAGAACGGAACCGACCUGCAUCACGUGCGAUCUCAGUGAUGUGCUGUGGGGUAGCCGAUACUACUACAGCAACUGCUCGUACUUCGAUGCGUUCGUCAGCUCACAGCCGUACGUUUCGCACCACGUCGGGAUAUCCUUCUACAUACUCGAAUGUAAAGGUCCUGGUCUUCCGCUCGCUGUGGUACACGCCGCCCACAAUCACAAGCUGAUGCGUGUCCUGUACGACACGAGACCGUUUUACGCGAGCAAGCUGCAGGAGCUGGCACUGCCGUCGCAACGCUCGUUCGAGAUUCCGCUGCCGCACGGUACGAGAGCAGCGGUGCAGUUGCUACUGCCACCGAGCUGGCGAGAGGAGCUACGAGAUGCCGCGUUUCCAGUGCUGGUUGAGGUCAAUGGUAAGCCCGGUUCGACGUCCGUGUCGGAAGAGUUCAAGAUUGACUGGGGCACGUACAUGUCCAGCCACAACGACGUGGUGUACAUACGGUUGGACGUGCGUGGUGCACGGGGACAAGGCAAACAAGCGCUGUACCGCCAUCUCGGAGGUGUAGAGGUGCAAGAUCAAAUCGCUGUGCUGCGGUAUCUACUGGACACGCUGAAAUUUCUCGACGAAACCCGUGUCGGUGUGUGGGGCUGGGGUUAUGGCGGAUACGUCACCGCGAUGAUACUCGGCUCACAGCAGCACGUCUUCAAAUGUGGCAUCUCGGUAUCGCCCAUUACGGACUGGUUGUACUACAAUUCCAUAUUUACCGAGCGCAUACUCGGUGUGCCGGCCGAAAACUACAAAGCGUACGUCGAGGCGGACGCCACACAAAAGGGGCGCCAAAUUCCGUCGUAUUCGUACUUCCUCAUACACGGUCUAGCCGAUGUCACUGCACCGUACCAGCACGGUAUACAGCUCGCACGUUCCCUCUCCGAGUCUGGGACGAUAUUUCGAUAUCUGAGCUACGCUGACGAAGGUCACGAUCUGACCGGCGUAAUUGAGCACGUGUACCGUUCGAUGGAGGACUUCCUGCGGAACUGUCUGUCGCUCGAUUCCGACGAGGACAAACCAAGCGAAGCUAACGUGCCCAAUGAGUAA